AUGAGACAUAGUGUGAAAAAUACCAUAAGACGUAGUACAAAAAAUGCUAUAAGAUGUAGUGCAAAAAAUACCAUGAGACAUAGUGCGAAAAAUAUCAUGAGACGUAGUGUGAAAAAUACUGUGAGAUAUAGUGCGAAAAAUACUGUGAGACAUAGUGCGAAAAUACUUGUAAAAAAUACCACGAAACAUAAUGCAAAAAAUACUGUGAAAUAUGAUGUGAAAAAUACUGUGAGACAUAAUGCGAAAAAUACUGCGAGAUGUAGUGUGAAAAAUACUGUGAAACAUAAUGUGAAAAAUAUCACGAGAAGUAAUACAAAAAAUACUAUAAGACGUAAUGCGAAAAAUAUCACGAGACAUAAU